AUGUCAGGCGUCGGACCUCUUUCACAAGACUGGGAGCCCGUCGUUCUCCGCAAGAAAGCCCCCACCUCCGCUGCCAGGAAGGAUGACAAAGCCGUCAACGCCGCUCGCCGUUCCGGCGCCGAUAUCGAAACCAUGAAGAAACAUAAUGCUGCGACGAACAAAGCUGCGUCUAGCAGCACUUCGUUGAACACUAAGAGGCUGGAUGAGGAUACAGAGAAUUUAGCUCAUGAUCGGGUCCCAACUGAACUCAAGAAAGCUAUAAUGCAAGCCCGGACGGACAAGAAACUUACUCAGGCGCAACUUGCUCAAAUUAUCAAUGAGAAGCCUCAAGUGAUCCAGGAGUAUGAAUCAGGAAAAGCCAUUCCAAAUCAGCAGAUAAUUGGCAAGUUGGAGAGAGCACUUGGUGCCAAACUGCGUGGGAAAAAAUGA